AGAGAUUUUGUUUUUGGUACAGACUUGCGGUAGUCAAACUAGGCCACUGGCCACUGAUUUUUUGGCGUUAGAAAAUGGCAAAUUGCCGGUCAAAGAAGAAGUUUUGGCGGUAGAGACAAGUGAAGAUGCUGAUGGAAGAAAAGCUAAUUUUUGCCAUCAGAGACGACUGCGUUGGCAGUCACGUCGACGGCAAGAAAUUGGAGCUCUUCAAACCCUUGAGACUCCAAGGAAAUAGGAAUCCCUUCCCCAUCGGCAAUUAUAAUAAUAAUAAUAUAAUGUGCGGCGGAGAAGACGGCGGAUGCCGGCCGUUGGGGUUUCUUUUAGGCCUUCCGUUCGCCUUCAUCUCCCUUCUCCUCUCUCUCGUCGGCGUCGUCUUAUGGAUCCUCGGGUGUAUGGUAACAUGCGUGUGCCCGUGUUGCGUUUGCGUGACGUGGAUAAUCGAUGUGGCGGUGGCAUUGAUCAAGGCUCCCUUUUUGAUCAUCGUCUGCUUCACAGACAAGAUACCAUGUUAGUUAUGGCCCAGUCCACCCACACCCACCACUUAAUUUAUCUACCCCUAGCCCAGUCCACCUGACAAAAAAACCAACCGGAAGAAAAGCCAAAUGCCGCCGAACGAAGAAACUCAGAGACCCGAAGAAACAAGAGUGUGGAGUCGCCGCCUCCACCGCCGGACGCCGAGUCGCCGACCUCCACUGCUCCACCCUCCAGGAGUUCAAAUUGUGGUUGGUGCGGGUGUAAUCCACUUCUAUGGGUCAAAAUGCGUUUAAAAAAAAAUAAGUGGUCAAGAAUGACUAGUGGAUGAGGCGAUAAUGAUUGGCAAGGUCAGGAACUUCGUCUCUAUGUUUCAGCUUUGGCUGCGCUAUUUUGAAAUGGACAUAAGAGUGGUACACCAAAAUAUGGUAUUCCAUUUGUAUACUAGACAAAUAUAGAUUCUUAAUGUUU